ACACACACACACUCUCACACUCACACAUACGCCAAAGCUGACACUGCAGCAGAAAAACAGGCCGGCAGGAUUUCUACCCGGCUGUAGCGUAGCGUCAGAGAGGGACUCUAUUGGCUGAGAGAGAGAAGGACGGUCUUCGUGGUUGCUCUGUCGAGGAGUACCCGACCAGAGGCAACGGGCUGUGUGUGUGUUAAUGUGUUAGGUCCGUGUGUGUGUGAGCACCGCAGCAGGAGCAGCAGCACUGCAGAUGCUGACUGAGUCCGGGGCUCGGCUCAACGCCUCAUCCUCCCCUCCCCCUUGGAGCAUCGACGUGGAAAAGAGGAUCCAUCGCUCUCAACCUCUGUGUGUGUGUCAGUGAACGUGUGUGUGUGUGUCAGUGAACGUGUGUGUGUGUCAGUGAACGUGUGUGUGUGUGUCAGUGAACGUGUGUGUGUGUCAGUGAACGUGUGUGUGGGUGUCAGUGAACGUGUGUGUGGGUGUCAGUGAACGUGUGUGUGUGUGUCAGUGAACGUGUGUGUGGGUGUCAGUGUAAAAGCAGAGCUGGUGUGUCAUCCACUGCUCUGCCAGCGUAUCCGUGUCGUCGGCCCUCUCCCUGUCCCAGAAUGCUUCGCUCUGCGCCCCUGUGCUGAGGCGGCGUUGGGCAGUAUGGGCGCUGCGCUGGCCGGGACCCCCCCCACGGAUCUAAGCUGCCCCACCGGGACGGGCGCACACCGCACCCCUGCUGAUGGGCGAGGACACUGACACCACCCGAACGCUCAACCACGGCUUCCUCCGAGACCACAACUAUGUGACUGAAGCUGAUAUCAUCUCCACUGUAGAGUUCAACCACACUGGAGAACUCCUGGCCACAGGGGAUAAGGGGGGGCGAGUGGUCAUCUUCCAGAGGGAACCUGAGUGUAAGACAGAGCCGUACUCCCAGGGAGAGUAUAAUGUCUACAGCACAUUCCAGAGCCACGAGCCGGAGUUUGAUUACCUUAAGAGUCUGGAGAUCGAGGAGAAGAUCAACAAGAUACGAUGGCUGCCUCAGCAGAACGCCGCCCACUUCCUCCUUUCCACCAAUGAUAAGACCAUUAAGCUAUGGAAGGUGAGUGAGCGGGACAAGAGGCCUGAAGGCUACAACCUGAAGGAUGAGGAGGGCAGGAUAAAGGACCUCUCCACUGUCACCUCACUACAGGUGCCGGUGUUGAAGCCCAUGGAUCUGAUGGUGGAGGUGAGUCCUCGGCGUGUGUUUGCCAACGCCCACACCUACCACGUCAACUCCAUCUCCGUCAACUCCGACCACGAGACCUACAUGUCAGCUGACGACCUGAGGAUCAACCUUUGGCAUCUGGGCAUCACUGACCGCAGCUUCAACAUUGUGGACAUUAAGCCAGUGAACAUGGAGGAUCUGACAGAGGUGAUAACAGCAGCAGAGUUCCACCCUCACCACUGUAACCUGUUGGUCUAUAGCAGCAGUAAGGGAACUCUACGGCUCUGUGACAUGAGAGAGGCCGCACUGUGUGACAAACACUCCAAACUGUUUGAGGAGCCGGAGGACCCCAGUAACCGCUCUUUCUUCUCUGAAAUCAUCUCGUCUGUGUCGGACGUGAAGUUCAGCCACAGCGGGCGCUACCUGCUGACCAGAGACUACCUCACCGCCAAGGUGUGGGACCUCAACAUGGAGAACAAGCCCCUGGAGAUAUAUCAAGUGCAUGAUUACCUCCGCAGCAAGCUGUGCUCCCUUUAUGAGAACGACUGCAUCUUUGACAAGUUUGAGUGUGCCUGGAACGGCUCAGACAGUGUGAUCAUGACGGGGGCCUACAACAACUUCUUCCGGAUGUUUGACCGGAACACAAAGCGUGACGUGACCCUGGAGGCGUCCAGGGAGAGCAGUAAGCCCCGGGCCGUUCUCAAGCCUCGCCGCGUCUGCCAGGGUGGGAAACGUCGCAAGGAUGACAUCAGCGUGGACAGCCUGGACUUCACCAAGAAGAUCCUGCACACGGCCUGGCACCCCACGGAGAACAUCAUCGCCAUCGCUGCCACCAACAACCUGUACAUCUUCCAGGACAAAUUCAACUAGGAGAUGCACGGCCGAGAGAGGGAAAGCGCAGGAGGCUGGAGACAGACACACACACUCCAGACGACAGGGCGCUAUUGUGGAGACACACUCCAGAGUGCUCAGUCCCUGCCUCCCACACUUCCAACUAAUGAAGUCCCCC